UUAGGACUCACGGAGCAUGGCGCAGUGGGACAGCUUCACUGAUCAACAGGAGGACACUGAUAGCUGUUCAGAAUCUGUGAAGUUUGAUGCUCGCUCCAAUACAGCUUUGCUUCCCCCAAAUCCUAAAAAUGGCCCUCCACUUCAAGAAAAGCUGAAAUCCUUCAAAGCUGCACUGAUUGCCCUUUAUCUCCUUGUGUUUGCUGUUCUCAUUCCUAUCAUCGCAAUAAUGGCAGCUCAACUCCUGAAGUGGGAAAUGAAGAAUUGCACAGUUGGUUCAAUUAAUGCAAACAGUGUAUCCUCCAGUCUCCUGGGAAGAGGAAAUGACAGUGAAGAUGAAGUGAGAUUUCGAGAAGUUGUUAUGGAACACAUUAGCAAGAUGGAGAAAAGAAUCCAAUAUAUUUCAGAUACUGAAGAAAAUCUCGUAGAUUCAGAGCAUUUUCAAAAUUUCAGUGUGACAACUGAUCAACGAUUUGCUGAUGUUCUUCUCCAACUAAGUACCUUGGUUCCCACAGUCCAGGGACAUGGGAAUGCCGUAGAUGAAAUCACCAGGUCCUUAAUAAGUCUGAAUACCACGCUGCUUGAUUUGCACCUCUAUGUAGAAACACUGAAUGUCAAAUUCCAGGAGAAUACACUUAAAGGGCAAGAGGAAAUCAGCAAAUUAAAGGAGCGUGUGCACAAUGCAUCAGCAGAAAUUAUGUCUAUGAAAGAAGAACAAGUGCAUUUGGAACAGGAAAUAAAAAGAGAAGUGAAAGUCCUGAAUAACAUCACUAAUGAUCUCAGGCUGAAAGAUUGGGAACAUUCUCAGACGUUGAGAAAUAUCACUUUAAUUCAAGGUCCUCCUGGACCCCCAGGAGAAAAAGGAGAUAGAGGUCCAACCGGAGAAAGUGGUCCACCAGGCGUUCCAGGUCCAGUAGGUCCUCCAGGUCUUAAGGGUGAUCGAGGAUCUAUUGGCUUUCCGGGAAGUCGAGGAUAUCCAGGACAAUCAGGGAAGACUGGGAGGACAGGAUAUCCUGGACCAAAAGGCCAAAAGGGAGAAAAAGGCAGUGGAAGCAUCCUGACUCCUUCUGCGACUGUCCGACUGGUUGGUGGCCGUGGCCCUCAUGAGGGUAGAGUGGAGAUAUUGCACAAUGGACAGUGGGGCACAGUUUGUGAUGAUCACUGGGAACUGCGUGCCGGGCAGGUUGUCUGCAGGAGCUUGGGAUACCGAGGUGUUAAGAGUGUGCACAAGAAAGCUUAUUUUGGACAAGGUACUGGUCCCAUUUGGCUGAAUGAAGUACCCUGUUUGGGGAUGGAGUCAUCCAUUGAAGAGUGCAAAAUCAGACAGUGGGGCGUGAGAGUCUGUUCACAUGGGGAAGAUGCUGGCGUCACCUGCACUUUGUGAUAUAUAUUUACUCAUUCUUGACAUAUCACUUUAAUAACAUCGCUCCACUAAAAUCAUAACUGGAGAUCUAAGAUAUAAAGACUACUGUUCAAAGAAAAUAUUUAUCAAUCAUUAAAUAAGCAUAUUUAACACCUUCAUACUUACUGCAUACAUAUACGUUGACUAUUUAACCCCUUUAAGUUCUUACCUGAAAAUUAAAAUGUGAUGAUUUAUGCAUUA